UUGUCAACACUGGUGGCCCCUCAGUGUUGCAAAGCUCGAUUUGGAGGAAAAAUAAAUUGCUAAAAAUCUAAAACAAAACCCCUACAAAAACAACAAUGGAAAUGUGUUAACGCAGAUCAUUUCUGCGCUUGGGGCGCCCAUCAAAAGCUACAAAUCUUUGUUGUCUUACUCUUUUCAACAUCAAUUCCCAGUAGUAGCAGCAGAAGCAGCAGCAAGUACCAGGAAGAGAUGCCCCUGAAUGAGGUAUCGGCCACUGGAGCGGGAGUGAUCUAUGCAGAAAACGGUAGCAACAGCGGAAGGCAUAAGACAAUGACCAAUUCAACAAAGCCCGACGUUAUGGGAUCUGGCGGUGCAGGUGGAGGUGGCGGCGCUGCUGUUCGCCUGGGCCUUGAUUUAGGCUUAUCCUCAUUGCAAGGUCAAAAAUGGCAACAGGUUUUUGACAUGGAUAAGGUGAUUAAGCAGCUACGGACAGCUGAGAAAACCUACCUACGCGGCGGUGGUCAAAAAAGUGGCCAUGGGAAUGGAGGCGCAAGAACUAGUAGCGGAGUUCAGGUGCAACGUUUAAAUGUAGCCGAUAUUGCCUAUUAUGACAUAGUGCCGAAAUUGGCUACACGAGACCUAGUCGUUUGCAAUUCCUGUAAUGGUAGCUACACCAAACCUGGUUUCCAGAAUCAUGUGGCUCUACAGCAUCCCAAUAUAUGGGAUUCCACAUCGAACAAAGUGAUUGUGAAUCACAAUUUAAGUGAUUCCCAUCGUCAUCUAACUGCCACAAGCUCGGAUACGACGACGACAACUGCUGGACAGGAUGGGUCAGAGCCAAAUGCAACUGGUUCGCCAUUGGAAUUGUCUAAUUUAUCAAAUGGUUCUAGUAGUUCAGCAUCAGUUGUUGCCGCCUCAUUAUCAUCCUCGUCUGCAUCGUCAACGACCACAACGACUGCCUCAUCGUCACGUCACAAAAGCAGCAGCAGCAAGAGUAGCAGUUCCUCCAAGGGUAGCAGCAACAGUUCGCGUUCCCGUUCAAAAUCAUCGAAAAAUCGCCACCAUUCAUCGCCAGCUCCUGCCGUCGACUUAAAUCAUAAAGAGAAAUCUAACUCCAAGAAAAACAACAACAAUACGGGCAGUAGUAGUAAUAGUUCUAGCAUUAGUGCCAUAGCAGCUCCUCCAACUGUACCAACGGUCACAGCAGUUUCAUCUAUUAAAGAGGAUCCGGCUUCUGCUCAUAUUGCAGUUUUCUCUUCUUCCUCAAAUUCAUCGUGUUCGUUGCCGCCAACACCCACAUUGUUGGCCCCAUCUGCUGCUCAAUUAGCCAGUAAUGAUGUCAACUAUUCUCCUGCCAAUCAUCAAAUGGAGGAAAAAUCCGAACUGCAGCCAAAAAAGAAGGUUAAAGGCUCCAGUGAUCAUCGAACAAAAUCCUCUAAAGAGAAAUCUGCUGCUCUUGUCAAUACAAUACCAAAUCCAUAUGAGCAGCAGCAUCAGCAGCAGCAGCAACAACAUCAACAUCAUCAGCUCACUGAGCUUGAUCAGGCUGUAUCAUCGAUUACUGGUCAUGUUGUUGUCAUGGAUGAAGCCGCAGAAGAGGCCACAACCACACAAGGCGAGGGCGAUGAUGAGGAGCUGCCCUUGCAAAAUACAUCGGAUGAUAAUUCCAUAUCGUUGACACUCGAUGAAAUGUUGGAUAGCAAAUUGAUCAAUGAAAUUUUAAAUAAUUUCGAUGAAAGCGCUCUAGAUCCAACACAGCAAACAAAUGGUGUAGCAGUUCAGCAGUCUCAGGCUGUGACUAGAAUACGUUACGAUGAGGCUGGCGGUCAGGUGGCUAAUGAAAAUGUUGGUGGUGGUGGUGGUGGUGACAAUUAUGCCGUUUACCAGGAUCACCAGCAUCAGCAACAGAUGCAGCAGCAACAAGAUUUCAAUGAUGAUAAUCAAAGCCAAUUGACAGCCAUUGAUGCCAUGCAGCUGCAGCAAUUAAUCUAUCAGCAACAACAAAUGCUCGAUCAUCAGCCGAAGCAAGAAGAGCAGCAACAACAAAAUCUGCACGAGGAUCAGCAGUGUCAGGAGACAAUACAAUUUAGUGUAUAUAAUGUCCCUUCGCUAACCGAUCCGGAUACACCCGCACAACAUCAGCAGCAACAGCAGCAACAAUUAGAUGAACAUAUGAUAUUGCCAAGUAUUAUCUAUGAGAUUACGGACAAUAAUCAAGUUUCUGUCCUGGAUCAGCAAAGUCAACAACAGGUUAUAGCCGAAUUCCUUACCCAGGCUGGCUAUGAGAAUGUUUUGCAGGAGGCUCAAGUAACUGGAGGAGGGGCAGGGGUAGGGGGAGCUGAUUUUGCUGAUGAAGUAAACGAUCUUGAUUUUGCAAAACUUGAGACCACAAAGACUGUUAAACUGGAAGCCACCACCACCAACACUAGCAACACAACUAUCAAUGCCAAAUCCUUAGAGGAUGUAUACUUGAAUGCUAUGCUCUAUGCCACGGCACCACGUCCCUUGGCCAUGAAUACAUUUGGUCUGGUCAAAAUGCCAAAUGGUUUGGGCACUACAUUAAGAAAGAAUUUAUUAACCACCCGCAAGGCCAAUAAUAGUUUGCUAUCCUUGAAUGGUAGCAGUGGUGUAGUGGGUCAAUUAGCCCGUCCGCCACCGCCCCUGCCACCCAAUGGUUCAGCUUCUACAAUACAGCCUGGCCUCAGUAAUGGUCAUGGUGGCAUUUAUAGUAGAAAUUUGAAUUCCGGCAAAACGAUUUAUGCUCAAAAAUCAAGUGUUAUCGCUCAAGAGCGUGUACGUUGCAACAAACGACCCUUGAUCAAUGGCAAAUUAAUGAAUUCUCCUGGUAAUUCAGGACAAAUGACGGCUAAAAAACUCAAUGAUCUGCUAAUGGGCAAAGUGAAGAAGGAGGAGAAAUUGACUGAAGAUGAGGCGACAGCGGAAAAAGAACAAAAAGAGGAAUUGGAUAGGCAAACAUUUAGCUUCUAUGAGAAGAGGCGUAAACUGAUGGCAAAGACGCAUUCUAAUCGUAAUCAUUCACAUUUGCAUCAAUUGCAUGAUCAUCAUCAUCAUCAUCAUGACCAUCAUAAUCAAACUCUUAAUCCCAAUACAUUGCAUUCCCUUCAAACGCCGUCACAACAAUCACUUUAUCAUCGUCAGCGUUCGUUGAAUUUACCGCCAAUGCUACAGGGUCAUCCAUCAUCGCAGCAAUUGCUGAAGAAGCAGUUGUUACGUACCCUAUCCGAUAGCAGCAACAUAUUGGUCACAUCUCAACAGAACAACAACAACAACAGCAGUAGCAACAACAACAACAACACUCCUCCCAAUUCUUGGAAAAACCAGAGUUCAACUCCUGGCACCAGCUCCACGCCAACUAGUAGCGAUCUUAUGCGUGUUUUUGUCUGAGCAUCUACUAUAUUUAUACAAACAAUAUAUAUAUAUAUAAACCAAUACAUUUAAAUAUGUAUUCAUUAUAUAUAUAUAUCGAAAUAUAUAUAUAUAGUAAUAUUACAUUUAUGUGUAGUGCAUCCUA